AUGAUGAUUCAAGAGCUACUUCGUGAUCCUCUUCUACGUCGUUUCCGCGUGGUGAUGUUGGACGAAGUGCACGAAAGAUCAUUGCAAACAGACAUUCUUCUUGGAUUGUUGAAAAAAGUGAUGCGCAAACGACCCUAUGAUCUCCGUCUGGUUGUUUCUUCCGCCACAUUGGACGCUAAAAAGCUUGCUAAGCUUUUUUGUGAACUAGACCCUCAACGUGUUGAUGUACAUGAGCGGUGGGAUCAGAUUAGGCGAGCAACACAUUCCGCAGCGAAUGUCACUUGUGGGUCCGGGCCUCAAGCCCGUCGGAGGCAUUGA